AUGGAUUACAACACCUCUUCAUCCACAUCCCUCCUGACCAAUUCUUCCCACUAUGUAAGUCUUGCUCUUCGUCCUGCAAUCUACUACAGUCUACCAUAUCGCAUACUUGGCACAAUAGCUGCAACUCUCAUUCUCAUAGUUGGAUUGUCUGGCAAUCUACUUGUGAUCACGGUGAUUACGUGGUCCUCAAAGAUGCGUAGUCCAACAAACUGCUACCUAGUGUCCCUCUCCUUCAGUGAUAUGCUCUUUCUCCUGCAUGCUGCAGCUCCUUUUAUCUGGGAGCUCUACGUCAUGAUAGGCCAGUGGACACUGGGCACGCAAGCCUGUCGAAUUAUCGUAGCAAUGCAAUACCUCUGUGUGGACACAUCUGCUCUUUCAAUGGCAGCCUUUUCGGUGGAGCGUUGGGUGGCUAUUUGCCAUCCUAUGCGUGCUCAGACCCUCUGCACUGUGAACCGAGCACUUAAAAUUAUUGCUGGCAUUUGGAUAUUCUGUGGUGCCUACAAUUGUGUCUGGCUUUUUACUCUGGACACACAAGUUGUUGAAUAUGUCUAUGGCACCUAUCAAACCUGCACUUACAAAUUUUCCCGAAUGCGUUACUCCACUGUGUACCUGUUAGAUUUCAUCCUCUUUUACACCCUUCCAUUGGGCCUGAUAUUUGUCAUGUAUACACAAAUCGCUUUACGACUCUUCAAAUUUCACAAGCCUCUCUGUCUGGUCUUGAACAAGGAAAAAUCGGCAGACAACAGAAAGGCUGCAAGAGACCCAAGACGCAGUAGUCCACUUGCCUGUCAGUUGAGUAUUUUGGAACAAGCGAGACAGGCUACACUCAACCGAAAUGGAGGUCGACAAAUUCGUUCAAGGAAACAGGUAGUUAAAAUGUUGAUGGCGGUGGUGGUGCUCUUUGCGGUCUUCUGGUUUCCUUAUCGCACAUUGGUGGUGUACAACAGCUUCGUCACACCUAAACGCACCGACUACUGGUUGAUACUCUUUGUCAAGACAAUGGCCUACCUCAAUUCUACAGUCAACCCAAUCCUCUACAACGCCAUGUCCAAGAAGUUUCGUCGUGCUUUUCGCCUAUUGCUAACACAAGCCUCCUGCUUUGGAAGACAAAGCAAAAUGAACAGCGUUUUGGGCAGUCGACGCACCGAGUGUGUUAGAUCGCGAGACUACUUUCGUCAAGUGCACCAACGACGACACCAACUCUCACGAACCUCCACCAGUCCAAUUCAGGAAACAGAACUACAAGUCCUCACCUCCAAGACCAAUAAAGAGGCUCUGGAGUAA